GGAGGGUUUAAAGCCAGGUGCGCCGAGCCAGCUCGCCAUGUCCAGAUCCGGGGACAGGACCUCCACCUUCGACCCCAGCCACAGCGACAACCUGCUGCACGGCCUCAACCUGCUGUGGAGGAAGCAGCUGUUUUGCGACGUGACCCUGACGGCCCAGGGCCAGCAGUUCCACUGCCACAAGGCCGUGCUGGCCUCCUGCUCGCAGUACUUCCGAUCGCUCUUCUCCAGCCACCCCCCUCUCGGGGGAGGGGUCGGCGGCCAGGACGGCCUGGGGGCCCCCAAGGACCAGCAGCAGCAGCAGCAGCCGCCGCAGCAGCCGCCGCCACAGCAACAGCAGCCGCCACAGGAGGAGCCUGGGACUCCUUCCUCCUCCCCCGACGACAAGCUGCUGACCAGUCCCCGGGCCAUCAACAACCUGGUGCUGCAGGGCUGCUCGUCCAUUGGGCUGCGCCUGGUGCUCGAGUACCUCUACACGGCCAACGUGACCCUCUCCCUGGACACGGUGGAGGAGGUGCUGUCGGUCAGCAAGAUCUUGCACAUCCCCCAGGUCACCAAGCUCUGCGUGCAGUUCCUCAACGACCAGAUCUCGGUGCAGAACUACAAGCAGGUGUGCAAGAUCGCGGCGCUGCACGGCCUGGAGGAGACCAAGAAGCUGGCCAACAAGUACCUGGUGGAGGAUGUGCUGCUGCUCAACUUCGAGGAGAUGCGCGCCCUGUUGGAUUCCCUGCCGCCCCCCGUGGAGUCGGAACUGGCGCUCUUCCAGAUGUCCGUGCUGUGGCUGGAGCACGACCGCGAGACCCGCAUGCAGUACGCGCCCGACCUCAUGAAGCGCCUCCGCUUCGCGCUCAUCCCGGCCCCGGAGCUGGUGGAGCGGGUCCAGUCGGUGGAUUUCAUGCGCACCGACCCGGUCUGCCAGAAGCUGCUGCUGGACGCCAUGAACUACCACCUGAUGCCCUUCAGGCAGCACUGCAGGCAGAGCCUGGCCAGCAGAAUUCGCUCUAACAAGAAAAUGCUGUUGUUGGUUGGAGGACUGCCUCCUGGGCCGGACCGCCUUCCCAGCAAUCUGGUCCAGUACUACGACGAUGAAAAGAAGACAUGGAAAAUACUCACAAUUAUGCCGUACAACAGUGCCCACCACUGCGUUGUGGAGGUAGAGAAUUUCUUGUUUGUGUUGGGCGGAGAGGACCAAUGGAACCCUAAUGGAAAACACAGUACAAAUUUUGUCAGCCGAUAUGAUCCCCGAUUUAAUAGCUGGAUACAACUUCCACCCAUGCAAGAAAGGAGAGCCAGUUUCUAUGCGUGCCGGCUGGACAAGCAUCUGUACGUCAUCGGCGGGAGGAAUGAGACGGGCUACCUGUCCAGCGUGGAGUGCUACAACCUCGAGACAAACGAGUGGCGCUACGUGUCCUCCUUGCCGCAGCCCCUGGCCGCGCACGCGGGAGCCGUGCACAACGGCAAGAUAUACAUCUCAGGGGGUGUGCACAAUGGAGAGUACGUCCCGUGGCUCUAUUGCUAUGACCCCGUGAUGGAUGUCUGGGCUCGAAAGCAAGACAUGAACACAAAACGUGCCAUUCAUACUUUGGCUGUAAUGAACGAUCGCUUGUAUGCAAUUGGAGGAAAUCAUUUGAAAGGUUUCUCCCACCUUGAUGUAAUGCUCGUGGAAUGCUAUGACCCAAAAGGUGACCAGUGGAAUAUUCUCCAAACUCCCAUCUUGGAGGGAAGAAGUGGUCCUGGCUGUGCAGUGCUUGAUGACAGCAUUUACCUUGUGGGAGGCUACAGCUGGAGCAUGGGGGCCUACAAGUCAUCUACAAUAUGCUAUUGUCCAGAAAAAGGCACCUGGACAGAACUGGAAGGAGACGUAGCAGAACCACUGGCAGGUCCAGCCUGUGCAACAGUUAUCCUGCCCGCCUGCGUACCUUACAAUAAAUAACCCCAGGAAACCCUGGAAUGAACAGUAUCCCGUUCUAGGAAACAAUGACAGGCGACAUCACUAUUAUAACUAGGAACAAUGCAGCCGAGCGGUUGCUGUUGAUGUACAAGUAACUACGAAAGAAAAAGACCUGUUCUUGAACAGAUACUGUGUCUGUAACUCGGAUCACAACAAACCUCCGGUGGUGACAGACUCUUCCAUUUCAGACUGGUUUUGACUUGUCCCAGCUUUACAAAAACUCCUCCCAUGGAUCUUACCCUUUCAAAAGGAGAAAGAUAAAAUACAGAAGAGCACCCCCAGAGAGACCUGAGAUCAGUAUUGUGCAUUGUAGUCUGCCUGCAUGUGAUCUAUGUUGAAGUUCCGGGGACAUUGUGUUCAUGAGUGAUUCAACGUUGGACCCGCUGAAGUACUCUCCCUGCAUCACAGAAAUUGCCACCUGAUUCUAUAUCCCUAACCUGUGGCUACUUCACAGACUCCUUAGGCAACACAGUUCUAGAAAAUCGUAUCAGAUUAAAGAGAAACACUUUUGUUUCUGUGUAACUGUCGUAUACCUUCUUCCCCUUGGAACCUCGUGGGAUCAGAAAGGAGAAAGAUGCUGGCUCCUGUAGCAACUGCUUUCUGCCCUGUAGCCAAAGUCAUUGUUUCUGUGUUCUCAGUUUUAUCCGAAAGAGUAAAACAAAAUGCACUGUGUCGCUGUGGGGUUCGUGGAGGCUAUCUCGUUUCCUGCAGUGUAUAAACAAGUAGGGAACACACCUGUAGUUCGCGUCAAAGGGUAGGACUGACAGGCAGGCAGACAGUAGUGUGUUUUCUGUCAGGUGACAUCUGACCCAAACUUAACCCACAAUGAAAACUGAGAGAUGGCUUUCCAGAAUUCAGGAACAAAAUGAAAGAAUCAUUUCUUUUAAGUACAAUCCCAGUUGUCUCUCUGUCCCUAAAACACACAACUUUAAAGAGCCGCAGGAGCGAAUGCUAGUCCCCAGCAAACCCUCUCGCCUGGGCUCUAGAAGUGGCUUUAGAGUUGGCUCUGGAAAAGCACAUGGCUUGCCCUGACUAUUCCCCCAGCUCAUCAGACGUGUUUGCCAUCGCCAGGGACGUCUGGGCCCGGUUAAGAGCGCAGUCGCUAGUUGUCUUCGGGGCCCCGAGGACUUUGGGACCAGAAGGUCGGGAGAGCAUGACAUCGGCUCAGUGUGGCCUGUCGAACGAACAACACUGGCAGGAACGUGAAUUUGAUUUUCAAGCUCUUCGGAUCUGGAACGACAUCCGUUAGGAGAACAUCAAAGCCUAAAAUAUUUUUUUUAAUCACCCAGAGAUGUUGUUGAAUCCCUCAACAAAUGUGUCAUUCAGAACAACAGCGCGGGGAAGCCACAGGUGAAAGCUGCCGGGUGACGAGCUUUCGCUGCGGGACACGUCAAGGUGGACAGGGGACCUGGAGCCCGGUGCCGUUUCCACAGUCAAGUGCAAUCUUUGUUGUUUUUGUAUUUAUUUGUAUGUUCAGAUCCAAAGGAUCCGUUGUAAAA